AUGUUAAAAUAUCGUUAUAUGAUGAGUGACGAACAAGAUCAUCAGCAAUUAUUUGAAUUAGUUGAAAAAAUGCUUGAAUAUGAUUCAAAACAACGAAUAACCUUAGUUGAUGUUCUUCGACAUCCAUUUUUUGAACGACUUUUACCAGAACAACGUAUUAUUGAUGGUCCUUCAAUUAUAAAUACAUCUUCCAGAUCUUGA